AUGCAAAGUCUAUGGACAGCCGCGACGCGACUUGGUGACCAGCGGUUGUCAGCGACCUCGGCGACCAAGUCGCGCGUGGUCGCUGACGUCGCGUCGCCCGAGGUCGCGUUCAAAUGUUUGAACUUUGGGAGCGACUCUGUGCCACGACAGCCAAUCAGGGCUCUACUGUCGUCAACAAACCGGCAAAGCAAGGAGGAGGAGAAGAAGAAUCACAAUGGAGGAGCAGCUUAUCACUGCCAUGAGUUAUCACCCAGUCCUGUACGACUUGGGGUGCGCGUUCUACCGGGACCGCAACUCCAAGGAGGAGGCAUGGGCAAAGGUGGCCCAUGA